AUGGCGGUGCAGGUCAUCGUACAAGGCAGCAGCAGCAGCUCGCCUCAGCAAUGGCACCUCACUGUCGUCAUGACGGUUCUCGUCCCUCUGCUCUUGCUCCUCCUUGCAAGAAAAAGAAGAGCAGGAAAGAGCUGGAGCAGCAAGAAAGGGCGGCGCGUCCUCCUUCACCUGCCGCCGGGCCCGCCGAGGCUGCCGAUCCUGGGCAACCUGCACCAGCUGGGCGCGCUGCCGCACCAGAGCCUGCGCGAGCUGGCGCGCCGCCACGGGCCCAUCAUGCUUUUGCGCCUGGGCAGCGUGCCCACGCUGGUGGUGUCGUCGGCCGAGGUGGCGCGGGAGGUGAUGAAGGCGCGCGACGCCGACUGCUGCAGCCGCCCCGACACGCCGGGGGCCCGGCGCCUGUCGUACGACCACAAGGACGUCGCCUUCAGUCCCUACGGAGACUACUGGCGCGAGAUGCGCAAGCUCUUCGUCGUCGAGUUCCUCAGCGCGCGCCGCGUUCGCGCCGCCGACUAUGCCAGGGAGGCCGAGGUGGACAAGCUGAUCGGCAGGUUGAGCAGCGCCGGUGGCAAGGCGGUGCAGCUGGAGGACCACAUCUUCGGGCUCAUGGACGGCGUCAUCGGCACGGUGGCGUUCGGGAACAUCUACGGCACGGAGCAGUUCGCGCACAAGAAGCACUUCCACGACGUGCUGGACGAGGCCAUGAGCGCCAAGGCCGGCUUCUCCACCGAGGACUACUACUACCCGAACGCCGCCGGCCGCCUCGUGGACCGCCUCACCGGCGCCGCCGCGCGACGCGAGAGGGUGUUCAGGGACCUCGACGCCUUCUUUGAUACCAUCAUCGACCAGCACCUGGUGGACCCGUCGUCCCGCGCCACGACGCCCGGCGGCCACGGCCCCGACCUCAUCGACGUCUUCGUCGACCUCAUGGAGGAGCGCCGCCAGCGACAGGCCGGCUCCCACCACUUCACUAGAGACCACAUCAAAGGGCUGCUCUCGAACGUGUUCACCGCUAGCGUGGACACGAGCUCGGUGACCAUGGUGUGGGCGAUGGCGGAGCUGAUCCGGAGGCCGGCGAUGCUGAGGAAGGCGCAGGAGGAGGUCCGGACCGUGGUGGACGGCGGCGGCAGGGAGAGGGUGCACCCCGACGACGUGUCCAAGCUCAUGUACCUGAAGGCGGUGGUGAAGGAGACGCUGCGGCUGCACCCGGCGGUGCCGCUGCUGCUGCCGAGGGAGACGCUGCGGCACGUGAGCAUCUGCGGGUACGACGUGCCGGCAAGGACGAGGGUGCUGGUGAACGCGUGGGCCAUCGGCAGGGACCCCCGCAACUGGGGGGACAGGCCCGAGGAGUUCGACCCGGACAGGUUCGACGGGGACGACGGCGUCGUGGACUUCAACGGCACGCACUUCGAGCUCGUCCCCUUCGGCGCCGGCCGCCGGAUGUGCCCUGGCAUGGCCAUGGGCGUGGCCACCAUGGAGUUCACGCUCGCAAACCUGCUCUACUGCUUCGACUGGGAGCUCCCGGAGGGGGUGCGGGUGGAGGACGUGAGCAUGGAAGAGACCGGAGGGCUCACCGUCCACAAGAAAACGCCUCUCCUGCUUGUCCCGACAAGAUACAAGUGUGCGUCACACACUGUCUGUAGCAGUCAGUGCUUAGCUACUGCAUCAUGA